GUUCCUGGGCAGUCAUUGAACGAGCUUGGGUUAGCUACCUAGUCAGAAUAUCUUUGUACGCAACGAGUAUCGCAUCGCAUCGCAUCGCAUCGCAACGCGUUGCCUCAAUCCACCCCCGACCGCACCACUCCGUCCGCUUUGCGAUCACCAUUUCUCCCCCACCUCGCCAGCUCGAUUUCUUCCCACGCCAAAGCGUCUUUGAUUGAUUCAGUAUUGCUUGCUGGCCAGAGCCCAUCCAUUUCUCCAUCUCUCCAUUCCUUCAUUUGUUUUCCCGCUCGCCCCCCAGCCCUUGUCGAGUCCACCUCCCCCUGCGGCGCACCUUCGCAGCCGAUUCCUUCCUUCUCCGGCCGCGGUCUGCUCAGAGUCUCGUGUCCUGCAGCACCCGUCGCAGCGACAGUCCCUAACCCGCCGCGCUUCUUCCGUCGCUGCUGAAGGUGCUGUAUAGCCUCUGCCUCUGCAUUGGCUUGGACUACUAGUCAUUCUGCUUGCUGUUCAUCUCCCACGACCGUGCAGCCCUCGCCAGCUAUUGUGAAGCUUUCGAUCUAACAUGGCUCCGGCUCGUGGGCCUGGGGGCAAGGAGGUCCUCAUCCAUGAGAUCGACCGAACCGACGAGUACACCAAAUUCAUCCAAGACCUGACUGCUUUCCAUGAGAAGCGCGGUACUGCCUUCGACCCUGAGCCUAGGCUACCCACUAUGCACGGCCAUGUCAACGUUGAUUUGUUUAAGCUGUAUAAAGCUGUGGUCGAUAAAGGCGGAUACGAUGAGUUGAACAAAGUCCAGAAAGCCUGGGGCGCCUUGGCCAGCGAACUGGGCAUGUACUUCACUGACAAUAAAGGAAUGGGCCAACUAUCAUUCCAGCUAAAGCAAGACUUCUACAGAUAUCUCUCUGCCUACUGGGUUCAAGAUAAAUAUGGUCGAGAUCCUCCUCCUAAAGAGAUACUUGAACAGCAGUCGUGCGCUAGUAAACACGGCCCUGUUCUCAGCCGAACCUUAGAAAACUUCAAAUUUUCAAUGAGACGGGCGGAGGAAACCCCCACGAGGGAUGAGCGCCCGCCCGACGGCACACCUACGUCGGGGAAUAGGGCUUCAGGUCGUUUACGUGAGGCUCCUCCGCAACGAGUACCAUUCCAACCAGACACGGCCCCAAGCCGACAAAGAAACGUGUCUUCACACCAUAAUACUCCGAAUUCCAAUAUGACACAGAACAACUACCACGGAAACCACACCCCGCAGAACCAUCACCACCUCCCUCAGCAACAUAACCCGAAUAACCCCCUCCACGUAAUUCAAGCUCAACAAGCUGCAUUGCGGGGUGCUUCGAGUUCCUUCACCCCAGGAAACUCAGAAAUAGCCUCCCGCCUGGGAGAUCCCAUCGAACCACGCCCGCCCAUAUCAGUCCCUCUCCGCCCUGUCAACACUCCCGGUAAUAACCCGGUUGAGUUUGCGAAACGACAACGACUAUUGAAAGCUCAGGCUGCUGCACUUGGUAAUACACAAGUCCAAGCCCGGCCGAUCCAACCCCCGGCUGGGUUUGACGGCCCUAAUAUCUAUACACGGUGUCUCCAGGCUCUUCGAUCCGGCAUUCCUGCUGAGCAAGCGUUUGCACUCAAUCAUCUAGUCAAGAUUUCUUAUGAGCGAGGUGAUAAAUACAAGUUUGAUUCAUUUCUAGGUUUAGCCGAGGGUCUCAUUGAAAAGGCUCUUGAGGUUGGUAAUCUGUUCUAUGACGUUGACUGGCGGAUUUCCUACUCUGGCGAACAGGACAGUUCAAACCCUGCUGUUUUGGAUGGUCUGGAUGGGACAUCAGACAUCUUAGAAAGAAUCCAAAGCCUUAAACCAAAAGCCGUUUUAGACCAUUUGCAACCUGCAGACUUUUCGGACCGUCUUCUACGCAUUACCGAGGCUGUUCUUACUAUGAGGAACAUGGUUAUGCUUAUCGAAAACGCGGUAUAUAUGGCAGAGGUUUAUCCACUUAAGGACGUCCUCUGCAUCAUCCUUCAUUUACCUGACCUCGAGAUGUUGGUCGAAAUCAAGCACUUCGCUUUAGAUAUAGCCGAACAAGUUACACCCUGGCUCCUCCUGAAUUCGAGUGACCCGCUUUAUCGGACAUUACUGGCCCAACUCAAUUCCACUGAUCGCGGUACAAUUCUAACGGCCUUGCGUGCUAUUAGUCGGAUAUCAAUGAAUCUAGAAGCCACGAAUAAGCUUGAGAAUGUGCCAGUUGGAGUGUUACAGAACAUCAACAACUGGCUGUUACUUAACGACGAAGAAUUGAUGGAUGCUUGCUUGGACUUCCUCUAUCAAUACACUGCUGUGGUUGCCAAUGUCGAAAGUUUGCUUGGUGCGGUUAAUAUGGAAAAUCUAGUACCGCAUCUCGUCAGAUUAUUGGCCCAUGGGGCCAAGCGUGUAAGAGAAGACAAGAUUCUUGAGCCGGAGAAGAAGGCUUUAUGCACUGAGGAGGUGCCUCCCUUGCCGUUUGACCUCCACGAACAACUGAGGAAUACUGAUGAGCCUACAAGAUGCUUUUCAUGGCUCAAGACUUUAUUUGAGGAAGAUGCAGAGUCUCAUAUUACACAGAUCGCCAUAUGGCAGGCUUACCAAGGAUCUUUUGGAGCUCUGGCAGGAGUACGAAGCAAUUUGAGUGCGGCCGAUUUCAUUCGGAAUGUGAGUCACGUGUUCCAACAUGCUCGUGCUCAGAUAAUACGGGGCCCUGGUGAGGUACAACGUUUCAUUAUCGAAGGUAUUCGCGCUCGAACGGUGCCAUGCCACUACGAAACAAAGGAAGACUACGCAAGGUGUCAGUGGCAAAUUGUCAAGGGCGCUGUUGAAAAAAGGUGUAAUCAAUUUUAUCUCGGUGGUGAACAGAUGUGGCGUCAUACUUUGACCGCGCAUCUAGGUAUUACCAUUGAUGAGAAUGGCAAGGUUGGGAACAAGGAAGUUACAACAUCCUGUGACUGGGCUGGUUGUGUUAGAUAUCCGACGUCGAGGCCGUUGAAGCUUGUUGAACUUACUCGUCACAUCAAGACACAUUUUCCAGCUCCCCAAAAGCGAUCACAACAGGAUGGCCCAGAGCUUGCAUCCAAGCGACCUCGAAAAUCGUACAUCACACCAGCUAAGACUAUGUCUCUGACCUGGGAAAAGACAAUGGUGACCUCUGAUGAGCGAAAGCCAAACGUCGAGCAAGCCGCUGGCAUUCCGUUGAGCGCUGUGCUUGUGCUCCGGAAUAUUGCGCGAAAUAUCGUCAAGACCGAGUCCGAGGAAGAACUACUCAAACAAGACGAGAUGGGCGGCGAGAGUGGUGGAUGGAAUGAGAAAUUGUUCCGGCCUGUCAUGACCCGGCUCUUCGAGGUCAUGACGGAAAAUAAAGCUUUAGCUGAUUACAUCACGUCACUUCUGCAGCUGGUUCAGACUGAUGAUUAGACACCACCUCUUGUUUUUUAUAAUCGGGGCUGCUUGUUCUCUUUUUAUCAGUGAAGCAUCCAUGUGACCAACGACUAAGUCGGGUCAUGAAGGGAGGCAAAAUUUUUUCUUCUUCUGAUUUUCCAACAAAAACAUCCAUUCAAUCAUGUAGGGAAAUACCCAGGCGUUUGGAGGGGGGCAGCACAUGGGAGGCUUAGUCUUAAUUGCGAAGCCCUAAAAAAGAAAGGUCGAAAGGGAAUUGGGAAAGGGGCGUGGAGUAGUAUAUUUAGGAAGGCGGGGGGGGGGGAGAUUCUUAAUCCUUCGUUCGCCUUCCUGAAGAUGUUUUUUCGUUUUCUCUCUCUUUCUCCCGAGCAUCACUGUACCGUACUUGUACUCCUUCUCUGUACUAUCACGCAAAGCCUGCUACUAGAUUCUGCGUUCACACUGCUCGCGUGCAAACUGGAUUGGUUGGUUGCUUCUUGGGAUGAUUCAUUCAUCGUCACUAUAGAUAUUUGGAGAAAGAGAUUUGGGUUUUUCUUUCUUAAUUGGCUAUUUAAGUUCAAACGACUGCAUGAUUAGCUUAUGCCACCGACUCUAAGUAAGCUUCUCGAUGCUUUUUAAUCGCAUUGUAAUUAAACAGUAGCCAUAAGCGAAUCAUCAUAGGAAGUGACGGC